UGCGCAGCUUGGCACUGACUCUGUUUGCGCAGCUCUCCUGGGAGGAGCUGUCCUGGCGGAGGCUGGUUUAGGGCAGGAGGAGGCGCGGCCCCAAGAGCGGGUGCCCCACAGGCCUCGGCCGCCUUCUCCCCUCCUCUGAUGGUGGUGGCGCAGCUGGUGUGGACCAGCAUCCCUUCCUUCAUUCAGCAAGUGUGUGUUGAGGUCUGGUGUGUGCCGGGCACCAUUCCAGGGCUGUGGAUGGAGCGAUGAGCAUAAACGAUAAUGUCCACAUUCUGGCGAGCGCUGGGACGGUGCCGGUGAGCUGCACCCUGUCUGAUGGCUUCCUCCCAUCCUCCACAGGCUGCCAUAGGAGAUCCGCUGCUUCCUGGAGGCCCAGGCCCCUCCCCCGAGGCAGAGGACGACCCUGGCGAGGCCUUUGAGUUUGAUGACAGUGACGAUGAUGACGAGGACACCAGUGCUGGCCUGGGCGUCCCAGGCGCUGCUCCAGAGAAGGAGGCGGAAGACGCCCCACUGAUCCCCUUGGACUCCGCCCCCGUCGCUGACCCAGACCCAGCGGCUGCACCACCCCAGACACAGGAGCCGGCCGUGGUGAGCAAUGGGGAUGCCGUGGACACAGCUUUCUCUGGGGUCCGGCGCUCCAGCUGGAGACGGAAGAGCUCCCGUCGCAUCGACCGGUUUACUUUCCCCGCCCUGGAAGAAGAUGUGAUUUACGACGACGUCCCCUGCGAGAACCUGGACGCCCAUCAACCCGCAGGGGCAGAGAGGAAGCUGCUCUACGAGGAUGUGCGCCGGGACGGGGCACCCCGGGAGACGGAGGACCUAGGCUGGAGCUCCAGUGAGUUUGAGAGCUACAGCGAGGACUCCGGGGAGGAGGCCAAGCCGGAGGCGGAGCCCGCCAAGCACCGAGUGUCCUUCCAGCCCAAGCUUUCUCCAGACCUGACUAGGCUAAAGGAGCGAUGCGCCAGGACUAAGAGAGACAUCUUGGCUUUAAGAGUUGGGGGGAGAGACAUGCAGGAGCUGAAGCACAAGUACGAUUAUAAGAUGACCCAGCUCAUGAAGGCCGCCAAGAGCGGGACCAGGGACGGGCUGGAGAAGACGAGGAUCGCAGUCAUGCGCAAAGUGUCCUUUCUGCACAGGAAGGACGUCCUCGGUGACUCGGAGGAGGAGGACAUGGGGCUCCUGGAGGUCAGCGUUACGGACAUCAAGCCCCCAGCCCCGGAGCUGGGCCCCAUGCCAGACGGCCUGAGCCCACAGCAGGUGGUCCGGAGGCACAUCCUGGGCUCCAUCGUGCAGAGCGAAGGCAGCUAUGUGGAGUCUCUGAAACGGGUACUCCAGGAUUACCGCAACCCCCUGAUGGAGAUGGAGCCCAAGGCGCUGAGUGUCCGCAAGUGCCAGGUGGUGUUUUUUCGCGUGAAGGAGAUCCUGCACUGCCACUCCAUGUUCCAGAUCGCCCUGUCCUCCCGCGUGGCCGAGUGGGACUCCACCGAGAAGAUUGGGGACCUCUUCGUGGCUUCGUUCUCCAAGUCCGUGGUGCUAGACGUGUACAGCGACUACGUGAACAACUUUACCAACGCCAUGUCCAUCAUCAAGAAGGCCUGUCUCACCAAGCCCGCCUUCCUCGAGUUCCUCAAGCGGCGGCAGGUGUGUAGCCCCGACCGCGUCACGCUCUACGGGCUGAUGGUGAAGCCCAUCCAGAGGUUCCCGCAGUUCAUCCUCCUGCUUCAGGACAUGCUGAAGAACACCCCCAGGGGCCACCCGGACAGGCUCUCGCUGCAGCUGGCGCUCACGGAGCUGGAGACACUGGCCGAGAAGCUGAACGAGCAGAAGCGGCUGGCCGACCAGGUGGCCGAGAUCCAGCAGCUGACCAAGAGCGUCAGUGACCGCAGCAGCCUCAACAAGCUUUUGACCUCAGGCCAGCGUCAGCUGCUCCUGUGUGAGACGCUGACGGAGACCGUGUACGGUGACCGCGGGCAGCUGAUCAAGUCCAAGGAGCGCAGGGUCUUCCUGCUCAGCGACAUGCUGGUCUGCGCCAACAUCAACUUCAAGGGCCAGCUGGAGAUCAGCAGCCUGGUGCCCCUGGGGCCCAAGUAUGUGGUGAAGUGGAACACGGCGCUGCCCCAGGUGCAGGUGAUGGAGGUGGGCCAGGAGGGCAGCUCCUAUGACAAGGACAACGUACUCAUCCAGCACGCUGGCGCCAAGAAGGCCUCGGCUGCGGGCCAGGCCCAGAAUAAGGUGUACCUCGGGCCCCCGCGCCUCUUCCAGGAGCUGCAGGACCUGCAGAAGGACCUGGCUGUGGUGGAGCAGAUCACCCUCCUUGUCAGCACGCUGCACGGCACCUACCAGAACCUGAACAUGACCGUGGCUCAAGACUGGUGCCUGGCCCUGCAGAGGCUUAUGCGGGUGAAGGAGGAGGAGAUCCACUCGGCCAACAAGUGUCGCCUCAGGCUCCUGCUUCCCGGGAAACCCGACAAGUCCGGCCGCCCCAUCAGCUUCAUGGUGGUCUUCAUCACCCCCAACCCCCUGAGCAAGAUCUCCUGGGUCAACAGGUUGCACUUGGCCAAGAUCGGACUCCGGGAGGAGAACCAGCCGGGCUGGCUGUGUCCGGACGAGGACAAGAAGAGCAAAGCCCCAUUCUGGUGCCCAAUCCUGGCCUGCUGCAUCCCCGCCUUCUCUUCCCGGGGCCUCAGCCUGCAGCUUGGGGCCCUGAUCCACAGCCCUGUCAGCUGUCCCCUGCUGGGCUUCUCGGCUGUCAGCACCUCCCUUCCACAGGGCUACCUCUGGGUCGGGGGCGGGCAGGAAGGUGCAGGGGGCCAGGUCGAGAUCUUCUCCCUGAACCGGCCCGCGCCCCGCACGGUCAAGUCCUUCCCGCUGGUGGCCCCUGUGCUCUGCAUGGAGUACAUUCCGGAGCCGGAGGAGGAGGAGAGCAGAGAUGGAGACAGGAAGUGCUCGGCUGCUGACGCCUCGGCUGGAGUGCACCCCACCGUCUGCCUCGGGCUCCAGGACGGCAGCAUCCUGGUUUACAGCAGUGUGGACACGGGCACCCAGUGCCUGGCGACCUGCAGGAGCCCAGGCCUGCAGCCUGUGCUCUGCCUGCGACACAGCCCCUUCCACCUGUUUGCCGGCCUGCAGGAUGGGACCCUCGCUGCGUACCCCGGAACCAGCGGAGGCGUACCCUGGGACCUGGAGAGCCCGCCUGUGUGCCUGACUGUGGGACCUGGGCCCGUCCGCACCCUGCUGAGCCUGGAGGACACCGUGUGGGCCAGCUGUGGGCCCCGGGUCACUGUCCUGGAUGCCACCAGCUUGCAGACUCAGCAAAGCUUCGAGGCACACCAGGACACGGCCGUGAGUGUGACACACAUGGUCAAGGCGGGCAGCGGCGUCUGGAUGGCCUUCUCCUCCGGCUCCUCCAUCCGCCUCUUUCACACGGAGACGCUGGAGCAUCUGCAGGAGAUCAACAUCGCCACCAGGACCACCUUCCUGCUGCCAGGCCAGAAGCACCUGUGUGUCACCAGCCUCCUCAUCUGCCAGGGUCUGCUCUGGGUGGGCACUGACCAGGGUGUCAUUGUCCUGCUGCCUGUGCCUCGGCUGGAAGGCAUCCCGAAGAUCACAGGGAAAGGCAUGGUCUCGCUCAACGGUCACUGUGGGCCUGUGGCCUUUUUGGCUGUGGCCUCCAGCAUCUUGGCCCCCGAUAUCCUGCGGAGUGACCAGGAGGAGGCCGAGGGGCCGCAAGCCGAGGAGGACAAGCCAGACGGUCAGGCUCAUGAGCCAGCACCCGUGCCUGCGAGCCACGUGGGCCGAGAGCUGACCCGCAAGAAGGGCAUCCUUCUGCAGUACCGCCUGCGUUCUACCGCCCACCUCCCGGGCCUGCUGCUCUCCGUGCGGGAGCCGGAGCCCAUGGACGGCUCAGCCCUGGAGCACAGUGAGGAGGACGGCUCCAUCUACGAGAUGGCUGAUGACCCCGACGUUUGGGUGCGCAGCCGGCCCUGUGCCCGGGACGCCCACCGCAAGGAGAUCUGCUCAGUGGCCAUCAUCUCCGGAGGGCAGGGCUACCGCAACUUCGGCGGCGCCCCAGGCGGCAGUGGGAAACCAGCCCUGUGUGGGGAGACGGACAGCGCCCUCCUCAUCUGGCAGGUGCCCUUGACGCUAUAGCCCCCACCCAGGCCGCGCAGCUGCAGGCUCUCGGCCUGCUGUGGACCCUCCCAGCGGUCCAGGGUCCCCAGGGAGCACUGGGUGGCAGUGCCUUCCAGGGACCUGCAUGACGCCAUGCGGACGGGCCUGGAACUCUGGUAACUACCUGAGCAGGGCAGAGGAAAACCUCUUCCUUUUUAAGAAAAAAAAAAAAAAAAAUUCAGAGUGUUUAGGGGAGUGGUUUGGGUUUGGGGAGAGGGAGGACACCUCUGGAGAAGAUGGCCUUCUUUUUAAAAGCAAAAAACACAAAACCUCACAAUUGCCUGGCAAGCCCAGUGCCUCUUGUCCAGGCCCGAGUGGGGCUCAGGGGCGGCCACGCACCCUUCCUGGAAGGGUGCGUGUGUGUGAGUGUAUGAGAGUGUGUGGGCUGGUGUGUGAAUAUAUAUAAAUACGUAUAUAUGGUGUAUAUUAUAUGUGUAUAAAGUCUGUACAUAUUGGAGCUCUGGGAGAUGCUGGAAUAAAAGGCAAGAAUAACGUCA